GCAUUGUCAAGUCAUGGAGGUCCGUGAGCUCGAAUGUCCGACGCAAGCUUGGCAUCAACACUGAAGCUGCUUGAGCACUAUUAGGGUUUCCAGGGCUCUGUGUCUCGUCGAAGCUCUUCAACGCUCGCCGUUGUCUACGAUCGAAGGAGGGGUAAUAGUAGUAGUACUACUACUAUUACAGCAGCAAUGGAGGAGAGCUCAGGCGGCGUCUCCAUGAACAUGAACAGCAUCCGGAUCGCCGUCCAGAACCUUUUCAACUUGUACUUGGGACGGAGCUUACUUGAAAAAGCUGAUGGUAAUCGGGGGGAAAAUCUGUCAUUGGCUGUUCGGAAACGAGUGGCAGCUGUUAGCAGACCUCAGGCUCCUAAAGAAGAUCAAUUUUCGUCCGAUUUUUUGAUGUUGCAGUCCCAAUUUACGGAUCAAGAACAAGGGCGGCUUGUGACCGAGACAGUCUUGGCAACUUUGUUAGUACAAUGUUGCAGCCAUGGUGUGCAGUCAGAUUUUCUGUUAUCUUGCCUGCAAAUAUUGGUCAAGAUGGGGUUUGUCCGAUGGGACUCCUUUCUGCAUAUCCUGCUGCGGGCUGCUGAAAAAGCUGAAAACAUUGGACAAGCAACGGGGAGUCACCAGGGUAUGAAUGUUGGGGUAACGGGGCCUCAACUAACUGGACCCCUGGCAAUGAUGAUGCAGGGCACAACCGCGACCCCUGCCUCUACCCCUGCUUCACCGUCUCCGUCCUCUAAUCUACUGACAUCGUCUGCACAUGGAAAUGUUGCAGCAUCUCCUGCUCAUUCAGGUGUCGAGUACUCCUCUGUAAACCCAUCCUCCAACGGUGGGACAGGUGCCUCAGGGACAAGUAUAAUAAAUUCGUUGCGACCUUUAGUGUGUCGAGUGAUGCUUGCUGCCCUGGAUAAUGAGCUGAAGCCAGUAACCUGCUUGGAUAUUCUCUUACAUGUUGCUCAGUGGAUCCAAACCUGGGAUGCUGAAGUGGAUGGUAAGGAGGAUGAGAGCAAAAGCAGGUUAAACAGUUGGAAGCUGAAGUCAAAAAUGUGGAUACACAGCUGUGUGGAAGUGAUUUGGGCUUUAAUAGAUGAGAACAAGUGCCGUGUUCCCUUUUAUGCGCUAUUGCACGACAAGACCCAGCUACAGGUGGAGCGAUGGCCAGACGACGAGGCAUUAUUUGCUUUGUUCUUAGAAGUACACCGCAGGCGUGACAAGAUUGCUCUGCAUAUGCUGCCAUUAGACCAGCACUUGCACUGCCCCACAUUUGCAACUUUGCGAGUUUCUUCUCUGACUUAUCCUGGUACGAUGGGCGAACUCCUUCACGGCGAGGACGUUGCUACAGCGAUACCGAAGGGGAGUGUGGAGUGGGAAAAGGCUAUGCGGUGCUUACGACAAGCUCUUCGUGCGUGUGUUUCAACUGACUGGUGGAAGAAAGUUCUAGUUCUUGCUCCUCGUUUUAAGAAAGCACCCCAGUCUAUGGGACCUAGAACAGGUUCCCUGUUCGUGGGUCAGCCUUCGCUUGAGUUUUCAGCAGAUAUGACUUGUGAUGCCGUAGUUGAACGUAUCAUGGAGCUCAUGCAGCCACUACCAACAGGCAGCACAAAUUCAACGGUUACCGAAGCAGGUCGUUGGCAGGAGUGGUUGAUGUUUGCAGAUCUAUUCUACUUUUUUAUGAGCACCAGUUGUCUCGACUUUCUAGAGCUGAUUGACAAGCUCUCCCUGCGCUUUGCGAAUGGAACCGUAAUGGCUAGCAACCAUGUGACGUGGCUUUUAGCUCAAGUAUUCCGCCUUGAGAUAGUUACUUCUGCACUAAGCUCUGAGUCACAGGUGGAGACAGCUCGAAAGAUUCUAUCUUUCAAUAUGGCUGAGCGUUCUGUGGAGCAAACAAGUAAUACGACGGCACAAGCGUUGCUCUUGGACUUCGUUGGUAGCAGUCAGACUUUACGCCUGUGGUCUAUCAACCGCAACAUGAUGGAGAAUCUUCAUGGUAACCGAGUACAGGAGCACAUGCAGAAGGGCAAGGUUAUUGACGAAUGGUGGAAACAGGUUAUGAAAGGAGAAUGGGUGCUUGACUAUGCACAGUUAGACGAAAAGGCAAUGGGAAUGGUGUGGGUACUUUCCAAUACCAUGACUCAACCUAUUAGUGAGGCUCUGAUGAUAUGGUUUAGAUCAAGUGGCUUAUCUGAAAUUAUACUGCAAGGAGAGCGGCUUUCUGUGAUCCAUGAAACAAGACCUUUACCCAUGACUCUACUGUCUGGUCUAUCGCUGCACCUAUGUCUUCGCCUUCUAACCCAGAUCGAGGAGCUCAUUUUUGCUGGCCAGUUUAUUCCAAGUAUAGCCAUGGUGGAAACCUAUGUGCGACUUUUAUUGGCUGCUCCACAAAAUCUAUUCCGGCAUCAUCUUAAUGGGAUGGCGCAUAGAUUUCAAUCAGGGAUGACAAAGCCUGCUGUUUCUCUUCUUCUGCUUGAGUUGUUCAACUACCGACUGUUACCUCUAUAUCGAUUUCAUAAUAAGUUGAAGCAACUCAUAUUUGACAUCGCAAAAAUCAUCAUAACUGUGAAGGUCAAGAGAGGAGAGCAUCGACUUUUUCGUUUGGCUGAAAAUCUAGGGAUCAACCUCAUUCUCAACAUGAAAGAUGUCUUGCUGGUGAAGAAAGAAUUAAAGGGGGCUACCACAGAGUUCACGGAAACUCUGAACAGGAUCAUGGUCUUGAACUUGGCGUUUACAAUGAAGACCAGAGGUAUAGCAGACUUCGAACAGAUGAUAAUACUGAAGCCAGCGCUGGAGCAAAUACUCGCCAGCAUCAAUCACACAUGGUCUGAGAAAACUAUGCGGCAUUUCCCCCCCCUUCUUCGGGAGGCCUUAGCAAACCGGAUAGAUACACGGGCUCACGUUAUUCAAAGUUGGCAGCAGGCUGAACAUACCGUCAUGUCUCACUGUCGUCAAUUGCUAUCAGCCAAUUCAGAUCCAAGUUACGUAUCUCAAUAUAUCCAACAUAGCCUUCCUGCACAUCGACAGUUCCUAUGCGCAGGUGCCUGGAUGUCGAUGGAUUUUGAACGUCCUGAUAGUAUCAGCAUUGCAAAUCUUGGUCGAACACUGAAAGAAUUUUCGCCAGAAGAAGUCACUACUAAUGUAUAUAUGAUGGUGGAUGUACUGCUUCACCACAUUCAUGUGCAACUCCAGCAUGGUCACUCUCUGCAGAACUUGCUACUUGCAACCAGUGCCGGGCUUGCACACUUUAUGUGGAAUCAAGAACUGCUGCCAUUUGACAUUGUGUUACUAGCCCUUACAGAUAGAGAUGAUGAUGCUCAUGCUCUGCGCUUGGUGGUGGGUUUGCUCUUAGACCGGCCGGAAUUUCAGCAACGUGUUCAGACUUACUACGUUCAUCGAGGUCAAACGGAGCAUUGGAUGCAGUUAGGACCAUUUCAGCGUCCAGAAUACCCUCAGGCUCUUGGUUCUCACCUCGCUGGCAAAGACAGGUUUCCGUUGUUUUUUGACGACAUGUGUCUUCGCGCAUUACCAGUCAUACCCUUGAUAGUAUACCGGUUAAUAGAGAACGACGCGACAGAAACUGCGGAGCGCUUGCUUCAUGUUUACACUCCGCUCAUUUUCUAUCAUCCAACCCGUUUCUCCUUUGUCCGGGAUACACUUGCUUACUUUUAUGGGCAUCUGCCGACUAAGCUUGUGCGUCGCCUUCUCGGCAGUCUGGACCUACCCAAGAUACCUUUUUCUGAGACUUUUCUUCAGCAAAUCAAGGCAUUCAACACAGGAAGCAGUCCCUCAUACGAGUACUUCCACAACCUACUCGUGGGUCUGGUUAACAAUGUCAUACCACCUUUGCAUGGCAAGCCAGGAACAAGCGCGACAGGUGGUGAUGGUCUUUUAUCGUCCCGCUUUGUGUUGAAUAGGAACCAAGCUGCUGCUAGUACUGCCAACAAUACUACAGAAGUAAACAAGGCUUUCUACCUGCAUCAAGAUCCAGGUUCCUACAAUCAGUUGUUACUAGAAACUGCAGUGGUUGAGCUACUCUCUUUACCUCCUCCCCCAAACCAAAUAGUUGCUAUGCUUAUCCACAUUGCAGUCAAGCUUCCUACCUCAUUUCCCCAAGGUGGACCUCCCAAAACCCCGCAAUCUCCUUCAAGUGGUGGAGAGGCCUUGUCAGGACAAAGUUCUUCAGGGUUGAACAACUCCUCGCCUCAGUUUACGCACUCUCCUCUCAUGAUACAAGCGUGUGGCCUCCUCUUAGCACAGCUACCAGUCGCGUUUCAUGGUGCUAUAUAUUCAGAAACCGCUCGUAUCAUAAAAAAGGACUGUUGGUGGUUAACUGAUCCUUCUAAGCAAUCAAGAGAUCUUGAUGCUAUUUUUGGUUAUUCAACUUGGGAUCCAAGUUGGGGCGCUCGAGAUGACACAGCUACCGUCAUUGCAAACACUGUGACAUUGCUGCAUACACUGCAGUCCAAUUUGCCAUUCGAAUGGCUUGAGGGUAUGCACUCAGUGAUUACACAGCAGAGACCGUUUGUCUCCGUAGUUCAUCUGCGACUGGCGUAUAGGAUAAUGGGGCCUUUGUUGCCUCGUCUGCUCUCACGUCCACUGUUUGCCAAGACUCUUGCACUUCUCUUCACCAUCUUGGCAGAUGUAUUUGGUCGCAAUUCUCAAGUUCCCUCAGCAACUGAAGCCACUGAUAUCGUUGACCUUGUCGAUUUUCUGCAUCACGCUGUGAUGAUGGAAGUGCAAGCGACAGGCCAAGCAGGAGGACGACCUAGACCUGAGACAUUAGUGCUCUGCUCCAAAGCUGUUGAGCGCCUACGGCCGGAUGUGCAACUCUUGUUCCGACAUCUGAGUCCUGAUGGAGCCUCCUCCAUCUACGCUGCCACCCAUCCCAAGCUUCAAAGACCUGGAUCCUCCUCACUCAUGGGUAGUGUUAUGUAAUUAAUGUUCUAAUAUUUCUCUUUAUUCUCGUUCAUAAUGAUAGCUGCAGGGAAUGGUGCGGUUGAAGAGUGUCUUCUCGAGAUUCUGUUUUAGAUCAGUCUCUACACUUUUAAGCCAACCAUCAUGGCGGUUUUUAAAUAUCACCGUACAUAUGUUGAAAGGAAAAAUAAAGAGAGAAUUUUUUUUGCUUA